ACGGAAAUCCGAAGCUUUCUGUCAAAUUUGGUUUACUAUAUAAACGCGGUAAAAAAGAAAAAAAAGCAUAGUGGCACUUACGAAGUAGUAAGGUAAAGUUUGGCUCAAUAGUACGAAAGAGAACUUAUGUGUCGAAAGAAAUAAUCCGGACGGAAAGGAGCCUCCGGGACACUCGCGCUAGAAAUGGGAGAUGGCCCUGGAACAACAUACAACACCCAUCUGUGAUGGAAUUAUGAUCAAACGAGAGCCAGUGGAGGCUGACCCACUUGCAUCUCCAAAGCAAGAGAUGAAGUACAUAUCUGUUAAAGAAGAAACUCCGUGUUUGCUGGAGUGGGAGAUGCCUGAUGGUCACGACAGUCCACAGGACCCACUAAGCAUUGCUAAAGAGGAAAGUUCAUCUUCAGAAGAUUUUCUUGGGCCUAGCACAUACAAUAUUGAUAAAACAGAAAAUGAGGAAGAUGAAGAGGAGGCAGUGUGCAUGGAAGACAGACAGGAGCUCAGUCAUGAAGUGGAGUCAACAAGCAGUGACAGUGAAUUGAAAAGUGCUAUCCCAGCUGACAUCGAGAAUGACAGUGGUAUUGAUAACAGUGACAGCUUGGUUCCCAUUGUUUCACCGGUUGAAGGAACAGGCAACAGGAUACAAAAAACCGUCAUGCAGGAAGCAUUGUGUGGGAGUAAAACAGGUAAAUGGCACCUGAAACAGUGGUGUAAUAUCUGCAAAAAGACGUUUACACAGUUGCAAGACCUGAAGGAUCACUCAGAAGUGGACACAAGUGAAUUUCUGCAUUCUUGCAACAUGUGCCACAAGACAUGUAUGACAAGUGCUACUGUAGAGAGGCACUUCCACCUGCACACUGAUGAGCGACCCUACACCUGUCGCAUUUGCAACCAGACAUUUACGCAAAGUAGUCAUCUUAGGCAGCAUUCAAAUCUGCUUAGCAGUGAUUGCACGUACAGCUGUGGAGUUUGCAGUGAGACAUUCACAGAGAGGGGCAGUCUGAUGCAGCAUUCAAAGGUACACGUUGGUGAACGUCGCUACAGCUGUGGUAUAUGCAACAAGACAUUCACAGAAAGGGGUAAUCUAAAGCAGCAUUCAAAGGUACACAGUGGUGAACGCCCCUACAGCUGUGGCAUAUGCAACAAGACUUUCAAACUAAGUUCUCAUCUGAAACGACACUCACAGCAGCACUCUGGUGAACGCCCCUACAGCUGUGGCGUAUGUAACAAGACUUUCAAGCAAAGUUCUCAUCUGAAACGACAUUCACAGCAACACAAUGGUAAACGCCCCUACAGCUGCGGCAUUUGCAAUAUGAUAUUUACAGAAAGGGAAAAUCUGAUGCAACAUUCAAAGUUACACAUUGGUGAACGCCCCUACAGCUGUGGCACAUGCAACAAGACAUUUGCAGAAAGUGGUUAUCUGAAGCAGCAUUCAAAGGUACACACUGGUGAACGUCCUUAUAGCUGUCUCACAUGCAACAAGACGUUCACAGAAAGGGGUAAUCUAAAGAAACAUUCAAAAUUGCACCUUGGUGAACGUCCAUACCGUUGUGAUGUUUGCAAUAAAACAUUUACACAAAAUGGUAGCUUGAAGAUGCACUCGAUGCUCCACACUGGCGAACGGCCAUACUCAUGUGGCGUGUGUGGCAUGUCAUUCAGGAGGCACGCUGACCAGAGAAAACACAUGCAAAUUCACACUGGUGAAUGACCGUAUUUGAACACAUUCACAUUCAGAAGGAACCUUCAGAGCUUUCGGCUGCAUCCUAGGAGGGACUAUACAGGCGCAGCAUUCGUUACAAGGAAUGUGAACUGAAUGGAAGCCAUGGGAAACAUCUACUUAUUUAUUAAAAGGAAUGCCUAUGCAAUGAUGUUGUUUGUGGUAAGAUGCUCAUGACUGGCUGCAAACUGGAGAAGCACUCACUUCCACACACAUGAAAGUUUGGAAGUACACCAGCACAUGCACAGUCCUAUUGCUGUGGCAUUUAAGAGCAGACUUGUCAUUAAAUCUCAAAAUCUCAUGGUUAGCAUGAUUCUUACGAUAUUUUGUGUUGUAGCAAUUAAGCUGGAUGGAAAGCUCCCUAUGGAGGAAAAAUUAAACUGCAUAAUAUCUUAACUGGAACAUCAGUGCAAUCAUAGUAAUUAUGCAGCUCAGAAAAGCAAUUGUAUCAUAGGGAUUGUUUAGAUGCUGCAGUAAAUUGACUCACAGCAACAUCAAAUAAAGAAAACUGGUUGUGAAAUGAAUUAUGAGCGAACAGUUCAGUAGACAGACUGUGUCCCACAAUCGGUAUAAUGAUACUGGAAGGCACGUGAUGUUUCCAUGUCUGUGCUUGUAAUUUAUUGGGAGACCCUUGAUGCUGUUAUGUCUGUUCUUGUAAUAUAUCACUAAGUAUGUGUCAGUCUUUAAACCUUCAAGUAGAGUUAUUAAGAGUUGAGAUGGCAGAUGUAUGAAAAUUCUGGAGAAGCAUGUCAUAUGUGAAGAGCAUCUGAUGCCUAUGCUGCAAGAGCUGUCUGGCAAACUGCAGCCUGGCCACACGAUGUGCAAACAAAAGUGUAGUUUUUGCGACCAUAAACGAACUGUUUGCGAUGACACAAAUCAACAAGUAGCAGCAGCAAGGCAAUCGGCUACACCUGUGCUGUUACUUGUCAGUCCUGGACUGUCUGCCACCCAAUAAUACAAUCCUCCUACAGUGCAACAGCCUCUCACAAACCUAGCACAUUUGCAAUGUAUCUCUGUGAUUUGCCAUCUCCAGGCAGAGAGGGUAUUAUCUGGAUGCAUUAGCACUUGCAUCCAAAAUCUGAGGGGUGUCAAAAUGGUUCUCUAUCCUGCCAGUGCCAUGGAAUUGGUGAAUGGGUGUGUCUGUUCAGGAAUAUUUUUAAAGUUCUCAACAAAGUUGCGCACAAGGCCAAAGGAUGUUGCCAAACUGAAGGUCUUAGAGGGACCCUCUAAAGUCUUAUUCACUCGUGUGACAAUGUUACAUGCCCCUCUGCACACGCCACAAGGCGCACGAAAAAGGAGUAACGAAAAAGUGUAAGCAUCCUUUUUUUGCUUCGGAUAAAGUUCAAAUUUCCUUGAAUGAGUUUGAAUGGUCCCUAGUGGUUCCACCCUGCACAUCAGAGAUCUAUUAAUAUGCCAUCAGUGUUUGGUAAAGUUACUGAAAGGGCUCUGUUUGUAACAAUAUUGAACUAUUUCAUUUUAUAUAUUUUGCUGUCAAAAGUACAGUUGGUUUUAUAAUUGGUUUAACAGCUAUAAGUUAUGCAUUCUCGUACUCUGUGAGGUACUGGAUUGAUUAAACAAAAGGUUUUGAAUGCUA